CUUCUCCAGUUGCGCUGGCACGCCCCCUAGUGGCCAGUGGCGCUCUCUCUCUCUCUCUCUCUCUCCAUUGUUUCCCCUGUUGGGCUCCUCAUGCGGGAAGGAAGCUCCUGAAGGCGCCGCCGGCGAUGAGCGACAGCAACAAGCGCAAGGGCCGCCCCUCGCUGCAGGGCGCCGGCAAGAGACCCCGGAGGGACGGGAAGCCAGGCGAUGAUUUUGAAGCUGAAAAACCCAAGAAUGCAAAACGUUUGCCCAAGGCUUCCUCCGAAAAAAAGAAGAAAAGAGAACAUGAAGAAAGCGUUUCUACCUCCUCCUCUUACAAAAAUGCAGAGCAGAAAGCCAAAAAGCCCAGAAUUAAAGAGGAGAAUAGAACUGUAGAAAAACAAGGAUCCUAUAAGAAGGGAGAGAGAUCAAGUGGCUUGCAGAGCAGUCCUCAAAAGAAGGGUAUAAAAAAAGAGUUCACCAUCAAGAAGAAAGAGGAAGAGGAGGAAAGCGAAGAUGAGUGGGAAGAUGUUGAAGAACUUCAUGAGCCUGAGAUAGAGCUGCUGGAAAAGAUUGCAGCGCCAACACUUCCCAAAGAAACAGUUGAAAUCGAGAUUGAGACUCCAGAACAGGCAAAGAAAAGAGAGAGAAGAGAGAAGAGACAGACUGAGUUUGAGACUUACCUCCGUAGAAUGAUGAAACGUUUCAAUAAGGAAGUCCGCGAAGAUACACACAAGGUUCACUUGCUGUGCCUCUUAGCAAAUGGCUUCUAUAGAAACAAGAUCUGCUGUCAGUCAGAUCUGCAAGCUAUUGGUCUUUCCAUCAUCCCCACUCGCUUCACUAAAGUGCCUGAAGAUCGUGUAGACCGUGUGUACCUCUCAAACCUUGUGAAGUGGUUUGUUGCAACCUUCACUGUUAACAGUGAUCUCUCGGAUAAUGAAGAAGGUUGGCAAGCUACCCUUGAGAGGCGUUUUGCUAUCUAUGCAGCACGAGAUGAAGAAGAAUUGGUACAUAUAUUUUUACUUAUUUUGCGAGCACUGCAACUUCUGUGCCGGCUUGUAUUGUCUGUACAGCCCAUUCCUCUGAAAGAAUCAUUGGAGAAGAGAAAUUCUUCCUCUAAAAAGUGUGCUUCCGCUGCAGUUUCUACAAAAUCGCGUGGUUCUGCCAAAAAGCCUAAGAUUGCAGCCCCAAAAUGCACAGGAUCACACAAGACCAAGCAAGAAGCAGAACAAGAGAAGGUUUCACCAAGGAGCCAGAAAGAGGACAAGAAACCAAACACCUCAGAAACCAAAGGAACAGUAAAUAAGUCACCAGUGCUUAGUGGUACUCAGAAAGGAAAUGAAUCUGCCCACCAUGAGAGCAACUUGAGGGAAAAGGAAGGCUUAGGAAAGCCCAAAAAUGACCGCCAACGAAAGGUGGCCUCGAAAGUGUCGUAUAAAGAGGAAAGUGGAAGCGAUGAAGAUAGCGACUCUGAAUUUUCUGUUUCAGAGGAAGAGGAGGAGGAUAGCAGUGUGUCUGAUGAAGAUUUUGAAACUCCCAGGAGGAAGCAGAAAUCAUCAUUAGGAGUCUGUAAAGCAAAAGGCACUUUUGAGCACAGGAAGAGAUCUGGGCCUUUGGUGUCAAAAGGAUCCAGGAAUUCAAAGACAGUUGAUGCCCCAACGCAGAAAACAGCCAGCCCAUGUUCUUCAAACUCAGUAAAGAAAAGGAAUAAAAUAAUUUCUAGUGAUGAAAAAGGUGAGAGUGAUGGGGGAGAACAAGUGACAUAUAAACUGAGAGGCACAGACCAGUGGGCGGAGGUUUUUUUGGAACGGGAAGAUCGUUGGGUGUGUGUGGACUGUGUCCAUGGCACAGUUGGCCAGCCUUCACUGUGCUUCAAGUAUGCCACAAAGCCAGUGUGCUACAUCAUUGGCAUCGACAACACCGGGUAUGUCAAAGAUAUAACGCAGAGGUAUGACCCAGCAUGGAUGACCACAACAAGAAAAACUCGAGUGGACCCCCAGUGGUGGGAAGAUACCUUAGAACCAUACAGGACCCCUCUUGUGGAAAGAGAGAAGAAAGAAGAUAGAGAGUUUAUAGUUAAACAUCAAGAUCAGCCCCUGCCAACAUCCAUAGGAGAAUACAAGAACCACCCACUUUAUGCUCUGAAGAGGCAUCUUCUUAAAUAUGAAGCCAUCUAUCCUGAAACCGCUGCUAUCUUAGGAUAUUGCCGAGGGGAAGCAGUGUACUCCAGAGAUUGUAUUCAUACGCUUCACUCCAAGGACACCUGGCUGAAGCAAGCUCGAGUGGUGAGGAUUGGAGAAUUGCCAUACAAGAUGGUCAAAGGUUACUCAAACCACGCAAGGAAAGCACGAAUGGCAGAACCUGCAAACCGGGAUAAAAAGGAUUUGCCGCUUUUUGGUCUCUGGCAAACAGAAGAGUACCAGCCCCCUAUAGCUGUGGAUGGAAGGGUUCCCCGGAACGAAUUUGGGAAUGUGUACCUCUUCCAACCCAAGAUGUUGCCAAUAGGCUGUGUGCAGUUAAAGCUUCCUAAUCUCAACAGAGUGGCACGCAAACUGGAUAUUGACUGUGUUCAAGCAGUUACUGGUUUCGAUUUUCAUGGUGGCUACUCACACCCAGUCACGGAAGGUUAUGUCAUCUGCGAAGAGUAUAAAGAGGUGCUUGUCGCAGCCUGGGAAAAUGAAGAGGCAGAGAGAGAAAAGAAGGAGAAGGAGAAGCGAGAGAAGAGGGUGCUGGGAAACUGGAAACUGCUGGUAAAAGGCCUUCUGAUCAGAGAGAGACUGAAAGCGCGCUAUUCUAUUAAGAAUGAGGCAGCAGGAGUUGUGGUGGAAAGAGGGGCUGGAUUCUCUUCUGAUGAUGAUGAAGAAGAAAAAGGAGGUCCAAGCUCAGAGACACCGGCUGAAGAUAUGGCUAUUUCCUGGCCCCAAAACCGACAAGUGGAGGAACAGAAUAAGGGAUCAAAAACAACAAGAAAGAGUCGAAGACAGAAAAAAGGAGAAGCCAAGCAUUUGUUUCCCUUUGAGAAGCUGUGAGGAGAAGGAGCCUUAUACUGGUUAUUUGUUGUGUCAAGCUAAAAAAAACAACAACUUGGGUUUCUUUCAGACUAGAUUGUAAAUAGAUUUUCCAGCCUGAAUAGGAAAGAAUGUAUAUUUGAAAGAUUUGUUGGAAGUGGUUUCUAGUAAUGUGUGUGUAUGUAUAUAUGAAUGAUAGUGCCUAAUUAUAUGUAAAAAUAAUGUUGGGAAAAUAAAUCAGGGAGUUGACAAAAUAUUUCCAAGUCUAGGCCAUAAAACACUGACUUUACUCCAAUGGAGAAUUGUCUUCAAGAGCUCAGGAAUAAACAUAUAGGCCUUUCUUUCUCUGUAUCUGUCAGGUUGUUGAGAGGGGAGGUGUUAAAUGUUUUUGUUUUUUGGUGUGAACAUUAUCAUGUGAAAACAUGUAUAGGUCUUCCUUCAUUGUGUCUGUGGAGUUAUCAGGAAUAGAUUUGUUAAAUGUUAAUUAUGUUUUUGAAGAAUGCUUGUUAUGGAUGAUGGUUCUUCUUGGACAUUCUCAUGUGAAAAUCAUUUGAAUAUUAGUCUUCCACCAUUGCUAAAUUAGUUCCAUCACUGUUAGUCAUCACCCUCUCACUCUCCAUCAUUGUGCCCUUAUUUUUAAAAAGUGGUUUGCAUGGCAUCUACAGCAAGGUUUAAUCUAUGUUAUGAGCAGUCAAGCAGUGCCUUUGUAUGUCAUAAGAAUUAGAAUGCUUAUUGAUGUCUUCCUCAAUUUAGGAGCCUCCACAGUUUGGACUGCAGCUCCAAGUGUCCUUGAUCAAUGACCAUUCAACCAGGGGCUGAUAGAAGUUGAAGUCCAAACCAUCUGAAGGACUCCAGGCUGCUUCACUGGGUUCAGAAAACAGGGCGCUAACCAGAAGCAGAGUGCAAUCCACUGGGACGUUCUCCUGCACAAACUCCAUAAAUAUAUAUGGGAAAUGUGCAAAGCACUUGAUUAUAUUAUUACUCAUUUUCCCCACACAUACAUACAAAUCAAUUCAUUAGAAUUUGAGAAAUGUGAACUUUUUUGUUACUGAAAAUGUUUAUAUGACAAAUCUAUCAAAAUUAUCAAACUUCGGAUUUCUUUUCAAGGAUGGCUCUUUAGGUUUAAGUCUUCCUUUGAUUCCCAGCUCCCUUAUUCCAUAGACAUGUACGCACUGCUUUAUCUUUCUUCCAGGCCAUAUUUACUGUACAACCGAAGUGAUUUUCACUACUGUAAAUUCAUGCAAUGUGCAUGGGGCAUAAUAGGAAAAAUAAUUGAUGCUUGUAAUUUGUCAUUACAGACAUAUUGUAAGUUACAGUUUUUGUUUCUUGUAAUUAGAUUGGUGUGAUUCUUAUACAUUUUUUGCAACAUCUGUUUUAACACAACUUUUAUGGGUGAAAAAUAGUCUUAUUGGCCUAGAUUUGUAGGGAAUUGCAACCUCCCUAUUUGAUGUGACUGCAGCUCGGUUUAGCACUUAAAAUAUAUUUAGAAGAAAAAUAUUUUUAUACUGAAUCCUCAGCAAAAAAAUAAACAUUUAAUAACUGA